GUUUGACCCAGCCUGUCCUGGUUUGACCCAGCUUGUCCUGGUUUGACCCAGUGUAUCUGGUUUGAUCCUGGUUAUUUGUCUGCGUUUCUUGUACUGAGACGUUUUUCGAGUUUCAUCCCUGGGGUGAAAAUGGCAAAAUGCUGGUGAACGUCUUUGUUGCUCUUUGCUUAUCGUUUCAACAAACCUGAACCAAGCAGUUGUUGUCGUGGCGAUGUUGAGUCUGGCUUCCUGCUGCAGAUGCGUGAGUGAGGUUUUUGUACGAGGUGUUUUCACAGUGCUGGGCUGGUCUCCACAUUGACUCAACAUCCUCACAGAGCUGAACAAAAAGCUCCCAGCUGCUAUCAGCUCCUCGCACCCACCCAGACGCUUCCAGAACCCCCCCGAGGCCGGCGGCCGGGCCUCAGGGCUCCAGGCCGGUGGUGUCCAGUACAGAACCUCACCUUUCUCGGCAGCGCUGGACCUGAAGUCUCUGCUGUGCUGCUGCCUGAGGCGCUGUCGUCCGGCAUCUUCUGCCUCCAGCAGAGAACAGCUGCAGCCUGGACUCUCUGGGUUGUUGCCGGGUUUGGACUUGUGGUUCUGACCCUGUGGACGUGGGUUUCUAUGUGUUUUCUUUGCUCUGGAGCUGAUUGACAGCUCUGAGGUUUUUGUAUGAGGCUGUAUCACUGUGAUGGAUGAUUUAACGUUUGGAAACGGCAUCAGACUGAACGUGCUGCCAAGCGAAUCGUCCCCGUCAAAGCCAAAUCUGGCGGUUCUGAGUCCGCUGCUGCCUCGCAACUGGGUUGGCGACCCAAAGGACCUGCCCCCCGAGGUUUGUCUGGCCACCAACUUCCGUCCGAGACAGGGUCAGAUGGUUCUGAAUGUUAACAAUGGGCCGGACUUUGUGAACACCAGCAGCGCGGUUCUGUCCAAAAAACAGAAAAGCUACGUCUUCGCUGGAUUCAGCAACAGAACCAUUUACUCCUGUGAGCUGCACGACUCCGUGUCCAACAACGAACAAAUUGACCUCUGUGACGACAUCUAUCCUGGAAAAGCUAGGCUCAACUUCCUUCUGCUGCUGAUGAAUGGAGCCCGACUUGUGUUCACUAAGACUCUGGCCUUCAACACCGUUCUGACCAUCAGAGCCAUGAUGUUCUAUCCUCUGUCUCCUGGUCCUGACGUUUGUUUGGCCACUGACUUCCGUCCAAAACUGGGCAAGAUGGUUCUGAGCAUAAACAAUGGACCUGCGGUGAUUCUGAGCACUGAAUCGGCCGUCUUGUCCUCGAGGAGCAAAUCCUACUUCUUUGCUGGAUUCACAAAUGAGAAGAUAGACUCGUGUCGACUGAACAACACCGAAGAGAAAACUGGAGAGAAAAACCAGCCGGUACCGUGUCCGACUGUGGAACCCACACAACCAGAACCUAAUGCAACGGACACAGAACCAGACCACAACGCAGAACGGAGCAGGCUCAACUUCUUCCUGCUGCUGAUGAACGGAGUGCGACUUGUGUUCACUAAGACUCUGGCCUUCAACACCAUCCUGACCAUCAGAGCCGUGAUGUUCUAACCCGCUGUAUGCUUCACUCAGUGUUUGGGUCCAAACUCGCCAAUAAGAGCAACAAAGUCCACAACGAUCGACUUCAUAAAGACGAGUCCUUGAUUCAUUGUCUGUGUGUUUUGUUCUGUGAAAUUUCUGCUGAAAUAAAUGAUUCUGUC